AUGAUUGGAAUUAAUGAUGAAGACAGAAACUAUCAGAAGUUUCUGUGGUGGGAGGAUUCCAGCAGCAGCAAGAUCAAAGUCUAUCAACAUGCACGUGCAGUAUUUGGAGUCACCACCAGCCCAUUUCUUCUAGGAGGCGUUUUGGAACUUCACUUGUCAAAGUAUAAAGGUUACCAGAAGAAAGUGGCGCAGAAGUUGUUGCGAUCGCUCUACGUCGACAACAGCAUUACCUCCGUGGAAACGAUUCAAGAAAUGGAAGAAUUCAAAAGAAUCUCGACCAGUAUGAUGCAAGAAGCCAAGAUGGAAUUAAGAGAAUGGGAGUCUACGAUGAACAAGUUUGACGAGGUCAAGAAUGGAAAGACAGUGACCUCAGUGUUAGGGUUGACGUGGGAUAAGCAACAUGAUACGAUAUCCAUACUAUAUGACCCAAUUAUUUUGGAUGGACCUGUGACGAAGAGGAAAAUCUUGUCCAAGUUACAUCAAGUAUUUGACCCCAUUGGAUUUACUUGCCCUGCUACUCUACAACCAAAACUUUUGCUACAAGAUUCGUGGAAAAGUGGAGUCAAGUGGGAUGAAGAAUUGGAGGAGAAGACAGCAUCAAGAUUCACGGCGUGGAUUAAUCAAGCUCAUGUGCUAAGGGAGAUUAGAAUUCCACGACUUAUGAUGAUUAGUUCACCAGAUUCUCUCCAAUUGCAUCUAUUCACCGAUGCAAGCAGAUAUGCAUUCGCCGCAGUAGUUUAUGCACGAUCAUUCAAGAAUGAUAAGGUAAAAGUGACUCUUAUUCAAGCAAAAUCCAGAGUUGCACCAGUGAAAGGAGGUACGAUUCCACGCCUAGAAUUGGUUGGAUGCCUUAUCGGAGCAAGACUACUGGAAUUAGUGAAGAGCUCAAUGGAUGUGAAAAUUGAUAGAGUGAUUCAAUGGACAGAUUCCACGACUGCAUUGGCAUGGAUCCAGAGAGACGCACAAUUAAGCAGAUUCGUGGGAAAUCGUGUCAAGGAGAUUCGUGAGAAAACCAGAGUUGAAGAUUGGAGGCAUGUUCCAGGAAAUCUAAAUCCAGCAGAUCUUCCGUCAAGGGGAUGUACUCCACAACAAUUGUUAGAGUCAUUGUGGUGGGAAGGACCACCAUGGCUGAAGCAACCGGAAGGAGAGUGGCCAUCAAAUCAAGGUGAAGUUGAUGAGGACGAAUAUACCAGCGAAUUGGUAAAGUCGAAGAUGACACUCCAAUCAAGCAAUGAAGCUCAAUGGUUCCAGACAAAAUUCUCCACCUACAAGAAGAACGUGCGAGUAAUGGCGUGGAUAUUGAGAUUCAUCAAUAAUUGCAAAGUCGUGCCUGGCGUUGUACAAAAUGAAAAUGGUCAACUCAGCGCAAUAGAAGUGAAGAAUGCAGAGAAGUGUAUUCUAAAAGUGAUUCAAGACGAGGCGUUGGAUACGAGCGAUGUCAACCUCGCCAAGAAGUUAUCGAUGGUUAAGCGUGAUGGACUGUUUUGUGUGGAAACCAGACUUCUCGACAAAGAAGACACACAGAGUUUCAAGUGGCCAGUCAUCUUACCAAAGCAUCCGCUGACGAAUAUGAUGAUAACAGAAUUGCAUCGUGUUUAUGGUCAUGCGGGAGCCCAGUUUCUGUUAUGCAAACUACGUGAAAAGUAUUGGAUUUUGGGUGGCCGACGGACAGUGAAGACGAUUCUACACCAAUGUCCAAGAUGUCGCCGAUUUGAUGCAAGACCAGUGAACGUGCAGCCGGCGCCUCUCCCCAAAGCAAGAGUGAAUACGGCAGAAGUUUUUGAGACCACAGGGGUUGAUCUCGCAGGACCGCUGCAAUUGAAAGACAAGACAAAGGCAUGGGUAGUACUCUAUACCUGUGCAGUGUAUCGAUGCGUUCAUUUUGAUGUUGUGACUUCAACCAGCGCAGAAGUGUUUCUUGGCAGUUUGGAGAGAUUCAUCAAUCAGUAUGGUAGACCAAGAUCCUUCUACAGCGACAACGGAACAAACUUCGUUGGCGUUGUCAAUCUCAUGAGGGCGUUGGAUUGGGAGAAAGUUGUCGAGCAAAUGAACGUACAGAAUAUCCGAUGGACAUUCAAUCCACCUUCAGCACCGUGGUGGGGUGGAUGGUGGGAGCGCCUUGUUCGAAGCGUGAAGAAUCAAUUGCGUCGAAUUUUGGGAAAUGCAAGGCUAACCUAUGAUGAGUUAAGAACCAGUUUGUCAACAGUACAGGCCACGAUCAAUGACCGGCCACUGACUGCGAUUACGGAAGACGAGGAUGAUCUUAUUCCUCUGACCCCUGCGAUGUUCCUGCAUCCAUCAAGAAGUUCUCACUUUCCCGAGGGUGGAAUUAUUGGGGCUGAUGAGUUGCAAGGUGCUUACAAAAGGAUGCAAGUAAUCCAGAAGAAGUUACAGGGUCGAUUCAGGACGGAGUACUUAGCACAAUUAGUACAAAAGGGAAAGGAAAAGGGCUGUCAUCCAAUUCAAGUGGGUGACAUCGUAUUGAUUGGAGCCGAUAACAUGAAGAGGUUUCAGUGGCCAAUGGGACGAGUAAUAGAAUUAAUACCUGGACGAGAUGGAAAAAUAAGGGUGGCGAAGAUUCAGACUCCGCACGAUUACGGACUGGACAAGAAGAGUAGUAGAUCGUUCAACCUGAAGACGGUGAAGAAAGGUCGCAUACUCACAAGACCACUACAACGACUCUAUCCCCUGGAAAUCGCGACGAGACAAGAUUUGCCAGUACCGGAGAAAGUCAAGGAACUUGACAUUCAAAUUCAUAAGGAGAGGAAAGCAGUUCAAGAAGAAGAGGAUGACAUGGGACUUAUGCGAGACAAUCCAGCCGAUGUAAAAACAAGAGGAGGAAGGAUCGCCAGAAAAGUCUCAAGAUUUGGACAAUGGAUCUCACAUUUGUCGUUACAGUUAUAG